CCGCAGUCAGCAGAAGACCUUGAGGAAGCCAUCCGGCUGAGCUAACCUCUGCAACGUCUAGAGGACCUAAAAGCCAGCCAUGACGCUGAUCACGGGCGACAGGCAGCGUCUUCCCCGUGACGAGAGCGCUUCUAGCCUGGGCGUUGGCAUGACCAUCUCCCAGAGUCACGAGCCACUCGUGUUUCCAUCCAAACCGUCACUGCUUCCGGACCUGCCAGAGACCGCGGGGGAACCCCGGGACCUCCUAGACGAUGCCGGCGGAACGUGUGGCUGGGCUUGUCUACGGCCACGGUGUCUCCAGAGAUUCCGGACUCCACCGUGGGUACUGUUCUUCUUGUGCUGGGCCGGCUUCCUGCAGGGCCUCAUCGUCAACGGCUUCGUCAACGUCGUCAUCACGACCAUCGAACGGAGGUUCCAGCUGCGUAGCUCUGAGAGCGGACUUGUGGCCAGCGGCUACGACAUCGCGUCUUUCCUGCUUCUGGCGCCCAUCAGCUACUUUGGCGGUACCAGGAGCAAGCCGCUCUUCGUCGGUGUUGGGUGUCUAGUGCUGGGACUCGGCGCGUUUGUGUUCGCCAUGCCUCAUUUUCUGGUGGGGCCGUACUCGUACAGUAGCCCUGACGACUUCGAGGCGUUGUGUACGGUUCCGACGGACGGUGUUCAGUUGGUGCCCUCAAACCAGACGGAGUCCCUGAACCAGUUCAAGUAUAUGUUUCUCGCGGGACAGAUGCUCCACGGUGCUGGGGCCACGCCAUUUUUCACUUUGGGCUGCACUUACCUCGAUGAGAUUGUGUCGACCAAGAUGUCGUCUGUUUAUAUCGGAAUCUUCUACACCAUGGCCAUCAUCGGACCUGCCCUAGGCUACAUUCUGGGAGGCCAGUUUCUUAAGAUCUACUCCGACAUCUCGGUCGACGCCUCGGCGCUAGGUUUGACGCCGUCUAGCGGCGUAUGGGUCGGAGCUUGGUGGAUAGGCUUCGUUGUCUCGUCUGUGACCGCCGUCUUGGCUGCCAUUCCUAUCAGUGCCUUCCCCAAGGUCCUUCCAGGGACCCUGAAGAUUCAAGCGCAGAAGAAGUCUGAGAUGCACCAGAAGCUGCAGAAGAGCGAAGCCGUGCAAUCGGGCUUCGGGGCCAGGGCGAGAGACUUGCCCGCGUCUUUCAAAAUACUCAUCACCAACCCAACAUUCGUGUUUCUGAGUUUAGCCGGAGCCACCGAAGGCAUGCUGGUGUCCGGCCUGGCGACAUUCCUUCCCAAAGUCAUCGAGUUCCAGUUCAGCAUAGCGGCCAGUCUGGCUGCUCUCAUCAUGGGUGCGGUGACUGUGCCGGGCGCCGGAGGCGGUACUUUCCUCGGAGGCUACCUGGUCAAGAAGUUCAAUCUGCGUUGCGCCGGCAUCAUCAAGAUGUGCAUCAUCUGCUCGCUAAUCCCACUCGUCACCAUCUUCACCUUCGCCUUCAGUUGUCCCAACGUCAAGUUCGCCGGAGUGAACCACAAGCUCAGCAAUACCUCGUCCUCAUCCGUGAGCAACAUGGUUGAUCGCUUCGUUGCGGAUUGCAGCAGUCAGUGUCAUUGCCGCAUGGACGAUUAUGACCCCAUCUGUGGAACAGACAACAUUAUGUAUUAUUCGCCAUGUUUCGCCGGCUGUCAGAAAGUUCAUCACCACGGUCCCACAAAAGUGUACGAAAAUUGCACGUGCAUCGACCAUCCCGGCCGGGACAUCACGAUCAACGACACAUUGGUGACGGUUCAAGCGGAGCGCGACAAGUGCCCCAGCGAAUGCAACUUUUUAGUCGUGUUCCUCGUCGCCAUGUUUGUCUGUAUGCUGUUCACCUUUCUCGUCAGCAUGCCUUCGCUGGCGGCUACGCUCAGAUGUGUUGCUGUUAGCCAAAAGUCGUUCGGCCUUGGUAUUCAAUGGAUCACAGUUCGUCUGCUAGGCACGAUACCGGCACCGAUUCUCUUCGGCUACCUCAUCGACCGAAGCUGCGUCUUGUGGCCCGGCACCGGGGCCGAGCAGGGAGCCUGCGCCGUCUACGAAAACAAACAGAUGGCCCACAACUUGCUCGCCCUGCUCGCCACGGUCAAGUUCCUCUCCUGCCUCUUUUUCUUCCUCUCCUGGGUGUUGUACAAGGCACCGGCCGGAGGCGAAGAAGACGACAACCUGUCGCCAUCAGCGCCGGAAGCCAAUGGCACGGUGGCUACCCUCAAACCCGAGCCCAUAACGCAAGUGGACACGACACAACCCAAACCGAUCUGUGCUAACGGAACAGCAAACGAUGGGAGCAGCACGUGGUUUUAGACAAGACUGCAAGAGUGACAAUGGUGUUGUGUGCAUUACUUUGUAGGAACGUUACAACCGCUGGCCCGCGGUAUGGCAAUGUGACUGUUGCUCUAGGACAUCAUCGAAGCGUAUAAACUCUCUACGCCGGCCGGUGAAUCUUCCAGCAGGAGCUUCUGGUUGCGACACAAACGCUGGACAACUCGGCCAUAUCGACGCUGGUUCAUACAGCCCCGUUUUCUUGAGUUACGUUACGUUAUCUUAUGUACAAGUCACCGGGACAUAUCUGCUUUAUAUUAAGCGUGGCUACCAGUUCAAGGAGAAAAUCUGGCACGCGACAUUCAUGACACCAAUGUUUCGGUGACGUGUACGUAAGAUAAGAAAACGUAAGACAAUGGUGCUGUGUGAACCAGCCAAUUCACUCUUUCGACAUAUUCAGUAGUGGACUGGUUUGUGCUAGUGACAUUUGGUGACUGCAGGUCUUGACAUCUGAGGCAGCCUGAGUGGAUGGAAGUUGGAAGACCGAGAUGGGUGACGAGUGAUGCACGUCUUUAUGUGUAUACCGGUGAGGUGCUUAUGUUUUCGGUGAGGAACGUGGGGUGGUACAUAUGAUGAACCGUGGGAAGGACGAUACAUGGUGUAAGGUUUUGUUUGUGAAAUAUUACGAACAUCGGUGCAUAUUAGGAAGAGGCGUUUCGGUUGUAGAUGGCGGUUCAAGUUGAAUGUCAUCGUGCAAUGUGCAAUGAUAGCUAGGGUACACGCUUCAUCGAUAUUUGUCUGGUGCAUUUCGCUACCAUAAUCGUCUUCAUAUUUGUCAACGAAUUCCGACUGGUGAUGACUACGGACUUCACAUGACUCCAAUCCUGUUUGUCAUGUGACUUUUUCAGCGAUUGGCUGAUCGCGCCACUUCGUAAACUACGGUACCACAAGUACAUAAGCUCAAUAUUAUAAGAACAAUUAUUUUUAAAAGACAUACCACCUGUAAUUUGUAGUUUGUAAUUUGACAAUUUCUAAACGGUUGAGGGUUGUCGAAACUUUUGUAACUUCACCUUAUCCCCAGAACUUUUCGUUUUGAUGUUACGUUACAAGAGGCGUCUUAUAUCGACUAUACUAGUCACUAUUUAUGCUAAGCUUCGAACUUUCAAGUAAUAUUGCAACAAUCCUUUUUUUAGAAAAACAUUCACUGCGCUCGAAUACAAUCUAGAAUAUUUAAAACGAAGCUUUUGUUGCAUUUGCAUUCAGUCCCAUUAAGAUUUGACGGCAAAGAA